AUGGAUACAGAACACAGAAUAGCUCUUCUUCUCCUGGCUAUCGUUGGAGUUUCUGGACAGGUCACUGGAUGUGAGAAUUUGGCAACAGAAAAGGCAAAUGUCAUCAGCAAUCAGAACGGCACCUUUACCGUAACAGGAGGUGUCGAGGUGGAGAUAAGCAAAGGCCGGAUUAAUUUAAAGAUACAGAACAAAAUGGGCACAGUUCAGAAUGGAGUUAUUGCCCAUGAUCGAGACACAACAGGGCAACAACUCUGUCAGAGCAAUCAAGGAGGCACAGGAAACAGUCUGUGCUUGGUUUGGGAAAAUGGGCCAAGGCUGGAGAUGUACAACAGCAACUUACCCGUGUCCAAAAAUAAUUCAGGAAUUCAGUGUACAACGGUCAACUGGACAAUUCCUCAGGGAGUUGACGUGACGGACACUCCUGAAGAUUGCUACACGAUGGAUGGGAACUUCUGGUUUGGCGGAUUUGAAGAAGCUAACCAGACUUGGCCAAUGAACUAUUUGCAGAUUGGAUCGUUGCCGUUUGUUACUGGUGAUUCUUAUCACCAUGUUGGAUAUGGAGGAGUCAUAGAAGGUAUCUUUAUAUCUUCAUCGGGAGUGGGUAUAUUCGUACACGAGACCACUCCCCUUUAUCUGCGCAUCAACGAUGCUGGAUCUAAUCUCAUCUGUCUCAAGGGAAAGGUGGGUCCUGACACCCCAUUUUUUCAGGUGAAUCAGCCUUUCCUGAUUUACGAUAUUUGUAGAUCCAGUGACAUAACCGCGUUAUGGAAGGGCAUGUCAGAGGCCUACCUUCCUAAACCGCAAAGUUAUCCCUCUCCCGACGUCCUACGUCAUCCAAUUUGGUCGACAUGGGCAAACUACCAUGCCAGUAUCAACCAGUCUACUGUCAUGCAGUUUGCAAAUGACAUAAAACUUUAUAACUUUAGCAUUUCUCAACUAGAAGUGGAUGACAACUGGACACCACAUUACGGAGACUUUAUAUUUAAUACAAACACAUUUCCAGAAGCUAAAGAAAUGAUUGCCAGCCUGACCAGUCUUGGCAUCGCUACAACUGUCUGGGUCCACUGGUUCUUCAAUAAUGACUCUGACGCCUUUGUGGAACUAAGUAAUUCUGGAUUUCUCUUGAAGCAGUACUCCAGCGAACAGCCGCUGCUGGUGCCAUGGUGGGACGGGAGCUACGCUGGCGUUCUAGAUUUCACUAACACAGAUGCAGUGGCCUGGUAUCUCAACAAAGUUGCCAAUUUGAAAACUGUAUACAACGUCACAUCCUUCAAGUUUGAUGCUGGGGAAGUGAACUGGAUCGAUGCCCAGCGAUACACGACGAAAGAAACACUGUUGACUCCAAACUACUUUUCUAAGAAAUAUGUAGAAGCAACUUACCUAGCUGAUCCUAUUCCAGGUAGACAGGAGGUUCGAGUGGGUUUCAGGAGUCAAGCAUAUUCUCACAUGGUUCGUAUGCUAGACAGAGAUAGCAACUGGAGUCACGAAUUAGGCAUCCAGACCCUGAUACCCUGCUCGCUUAUCUUUGGGCUUAUGGGCUACCCUUAUAUCCUCCCAGAUCUCAUUGGCGGGAACGCUUAUUCAACACCAGUUCCAGAGGCGGAACUCUUUAUCCGUUGGCUGCAAGCGUCCGUGUUUCUGCCAGUUCUACAGUUUUCUGUUGCUCCCUGGGUGUACAAAAAUGACACAAUAAUUGAGAUCACCCGCAAGUUUAUCAACCUCCAUGAGCAAUAUGCAGACAAAAUUAUCGAUCUGGCCAAGAACGCCCAGCAGACAGGAGAGCCCAUUGUUCGACCCCUGUGGUGGAUCGCGCCAACAGACGUCAACGCUCUGACUCUGGACUCGGAGUUCCUUCUUGGAGAUGACCUGCUUGUGGCUCCAGUUCUGGAGAAAGGGGCAAGGUCAAGGGACAUCUACUUGCCCCCAGGUCAGUGGCAUGACGAGCUAAGGGACAUAGUUAGGUCUGGUGGCACAUGGUUGAAGAACUAUAUCGCCGAGCUCGAUGAGCUUCCGUACUUUACCAAAAUCGCCUGA